CUCUCUCGCUGCCCCUCCGUCUUCUUUUGUUUCUUUCUUCUCAUCCUUCUUCCCCUUCAUAACUUCCUUCCCUUCCAUUGACAAGACCCUUCUUUCCUCUCUGCCACGAUUGCUUGUUUGAAUUCUUCAACGCAUAUCACAUUCUUCUGGGAAUCUGUCAUAUAUCCUUGUUUUCCUGGUCUCUUUUCCCACGAUCCUGCUCCAGCGUAUCGCUGCUACCGUUGACGAUGUUUGUCUACAAGAGAGAUGGCCGCAAGGAACGCGUGCAGUUCGAUAAGAUCACGGCCCGUGUAUCGAGACUGUGUUACAGCCUCGACCCCGAGCACGUCGAUGCUGCUGCUAUCACUCAGAAGGUCAUCUCCGGUGUCUACCAGGGUGUCACCACCGUGGAGCUAGAUAACUUGGCUGCCGAAACUGCGGCGUACAUGACCGUCACUCACCCAGACUACGCCAUCCUGGCUGCCCGUAUAGCCGUAUCCAACCUCCACAAGCAGACCAAGAAGCAGUUCUCCUUGGUCAUCUCAGAUCUCUAUCACUAUGUCAACCCGAAAAAUAACAAACCCGCGCCGAUGAUAUCAAAAGAAACAUAUGAGAUAAUUAUGAAACAUGCAGAUGAGCUCAACUCGGCCAUCGUGUAUGACCGUGACUUCAACUACAACUUCUUCGGCUUCAAGACCCUGGAGCGGUCAUACCUGCUCCGGGUCAACGGAAAGGUGGCUGAGCGCCCUCAGCAUCUGUUGAUGCGUGUUUCCGUUGGCAUCCACGGGAACGACAUUGAGAAGGCCAUUGAGACCUACCAUCUGAUGUCCCAGAAGUUCUUCACCCAUGCCUCUCCGACGCUGUUCAACGCCGGUACCCCCCAGCCGCAGUUGGCUUCGUGCUUCCUGGUUGACAUGAAGGAAGACAGCAUCGAAGGUAUCUAUGACACUCUGAAGACGUGUGCCAUGAUUUCCAAGACCGCCGGUGGUAUCGGUCUCAACGUGCACCGCAUCCGUGCCACUGGCUCAUACAUCGGUGGUACCAACGGUUCCUCCAACGGCAUCGUCCCCAUGCUCCGCGUGUUCAACAACACCGCUCGCUACGUGGACCAGGGUGGCAAUAAGCGUCCCGGUGCCUUUGCUAUCUACCUGGAGCCGUGGCACGCCGAUGUUUUCGAGUUCCUCGAUCUGCGGAAGAACCACGGUAAGGAGGAAGUCAGAGCCCGUGAUCUGUUCUUUGCCCUCUGGACCCCGGAUCUAUUCAUGAAGCGCGUGGAAGCCAACGGCGAUUGGACCCUCUUCUGCCCCAACGAGGCCUCAGGCCUGGCUGAUGUCUACGGCGACGAGUUUGAGGCUCUGUACGAGAAGUACGAGCGGGAAGGCCGCGGCCGCAAGACCAUCAAGGCUCAGAAGCUUUGGUACGCUAUUUUGGAGGCCCAGACCGAGACGGGCAACCCCUUCAUGCUGUACAAGGAUGCGUGCAACCAGAAGAGCAACCAGAAGAACCUGGGCACCAUCCGCAGCUCCAACCUGUGCACGGAGAUUAUCGAGUACAGUGCGCCGGAUGAGGUCGCCGUCUGCAACCUGGCGUCGCUGGCGCUCCCCACCUUUGUGGAUGCCGCCCGUGGCGAGUACGACUUUGGCAAGCUCCACGAGGUCGUCCGGGUCUUGGUCCGCAACCUGAACAAGAUCAUCGACAUCAACUACUAUCCGGUCCCCGAGGCCAAGAAGAGCAACAUGCGCCACCGUCCCAUUGCCCUGGGUGUCAACGGUCUGGCCGACGCCUUCCUGGCCCUGCGUCUGCCGUUUGACUCGGCCGAGGCGAGACAGUUGAACAUCCAGAUCUUCGAGACCAUCUACCACGGUGCUCUGACGGCGUCGUCGGAGCUGGCCAAGGAGCUGGGCACCUACGAGACCUACGAGGGCUCCCCGGUCUCCCAGGGGAUCCUGCAGUAUGACAUGUGGGACCGCACGCCGACCGACCUGUGGGACUGGGACGCGCUCAAGGCCAAGAUCGCCCAGACGGGCGUGCGCAACAGUCUGUUGGUGGCGCCCAUGCCGACGGCCAGCACGAGCCAGAUCCUAGGCUUCAACGAGUGCUUUGAGCCGUACACGUCGAACAUCUACUCGCGGCGAGUGCUGGCGGGCGAGUUCCAGGUGGUCAACCCGUGGCUGCUCAAGGACCUCGUGGACCUGGGCCUCUGGUCUGACAACAUGAAGAACCGCAUCAUCGCCGAUGGCGGAUCGGUGCAGAACGUCCCUAACGUGCCGGCAGACAUCAAGGCGCUGUACAAGACGGUGUGGGAAAUUCCUCAGCGAUCGAUCCUCCAGAUGGCCGCGGACCGCGGCGCGUACAUCGACCAGUCGCAGUCGCUCAACAUCCACCUGAAGGAGCCGACGAUGGGCAAGAUCACGAGCAUGCACUUUGCGGGGUGGAAGAUGGGCCUGAAGACGGGCAUGUACUACCUGCGCACUAUGGCGGCGUCGGCUCCCAUCCAGUUCACGGUGGAUCAGGAGCAGCUCAAGGUGGAGGACACCAACGUUGCCCGGGCGAACCCCUCGUUCAAGAAGCGGACGGGGACCCCGUCUGGCAGCACCGCCUACUCUGCGGUGCCGCGCACGCCGUCGAGCUCGGAGCCCAGCGAGGAAGCCCCGGCGGCGGCGGCGAUCGAACCCACGCCGGCGGUGGAGACAAACGCCAACGGCGAGGCCCCGAAGGCGGAGGCCCCGGCGGAGGGAGAGAGCGAGGGCGACAUCUUCUCGCAGAAGGUGCUCCAGUGCAGCAUUGAGAACAAGGAGGCGUGCGUGAUGUGCCAGGGUUAG